AUGAUGAUGAUGAUGAUGAUGAUGAGCACAAUGAGUCGGCAUCUCUGGAUCGGGACAAUAUGGCGCCGAAGAAGGAAACUGACUACUCUGGAUUGCACAAUGAGUUCCUCCCUUCCCAUGGAUCACAGGGGAUUGAACUCGGAGUUGUAAAAUACGAGGACCAUCUUGCGAUUGUUUCAGCCUUAUUAAUGAAUGAUUUCACAGAAAAAAUAAUCAUGGAUUUUAUCCAUUCACCACAAGCUAUUUUCAGCCACAAACCACAAGGGAUCUUCAGCCCCAAACCACAAAGGAUCUUCAGCCCCAAACCACAAGGGAUCUUCAGCCACAAACCACAAAGGAUCUUCAGCCACAAACCACAAGGGAUCUUCAGCCACAAACCACAAAGGAUCUUCAGCCCCAAACCACAAGGGAUCUUCAGCCACAAACCACAAGGGAUCUUCAGCCCCAAACCACAAGGGAUCUUCAGCCACAAACCACAAGGGAUCUUCAGCCCCAAACCACAAAGGAUCUUCAGCCCCAAACCACAAGGGAUCUUCAGCCACAAACCACAAAGGAUCUUCAGCCCCAAACCACAAGGGAUCUUCAGCCACAAACCACAAGGGAUCUUCAGCCCCAAACCACAAGGGAUCUUCAGCCCCAAACCACAAGGGAUCUUCAGCCCCAAACCACAAGGGAUCUUCAGCCCCAAACCACAAGGGAUCUUCAGCCACAAACCACAAAGGAUCUUCAGCCCCAAACCACAAAGGAUCUUCAGCCCCAAACCACAAGGGAUCUUCAGCCCCAAACCACAAGGGAUCUUCAGCCACAAACCACAAAGGAUAUUCAGCCCCAAACCACAAAGGAUCUUCAGCCCCAAACCACAAGGGAUCUUCAGCCCCAAACCACAAGGGAUCUUCAGCUCCAAACCACAAAGGAUCUUCAGCCACAAACCACAAAGGAUCUUCAGCCCCGAACCACAAGGAAUCUUCAGCCCCAAACCACAAAGGAUCUUCAGCCACCAACCACAAAGGAUCUUCAGCCCCGAACCACAAGGAAUCUUCAGCCCCAAACCACAAAGGAUCAUCAGCCACAAACCACAAGGGAUCUUCAGCCACAAACCCGAAGGGAUCUUCAGUCACAAACCCGAAGGGAUCUUCAGUCACAAACCACAAGGGAUCUUCAGUCACAAACCACAAGGAAUCUUCAGCCCCAAACCACCCCAUCCACUAUCUGGACCGUCUACUCCGGUCCCCGCGUGA